AAAAUAGAAAGUAAUUGGAAGGGAGUGAGAGCGAUAUGAUUUGGGGCAGAGAAGAAAACCUAAAGCUCACACUCACACCUUUUUUGUUACUAUUUCACGCGUGCUAUGCUCUUCCUUUGUCUCCCUAUUUCACAACCCAAGAACCCUUUCCAUAAUAACUUAUACUAUCAUAAAAUAUGAAAAUACUAAUCAAAAUAUUAGUAGUAUUUAUUCACACACAUAUACAUAAUCGACCUAUAUAUAUAGACACACACACUUAGGAGACUUUGUGCACUGCUUCAUUCUCUAUAACCAAGUAUAAGCUUGGAGGGGGUUAUUUUUCUAAAAGGGAUUGAGUUUUUAAGAUCAUGUCUGUGAGUAUCUCUACCUCACUCCAUUCUUCUUACUUAUUGCCCUCGGUUUACAAUUCACACAAAUAUUUCAAUAGAUAUAGAGCUUGAAUUUGUAAUAGCUGAAAUGUGUGUUUGUAGAUGACAGUGGAGAUAAGAGUUCCAAACUUGGAUUGUGAAGGAUGUGCUUCUAAGCUUAGGAAGACUCUACUCAAGCUUAAAGGAGUGGAAGAAGUGGAAGUAGAGAUGGAAACCCAAAAAGUGACGGCUCGAGGAUACCGGUUAGAGGAAAAGAAGGUAUUGAAAGCGGUACGACGUGCCGGUAAGGCAGCUGAACUGUGGCCAUACCGGUUAGGUAAUAGCCAUUUUGCCUCUUUCUAUAAAUAUCCUUCUUACGUGACCAACCACUAUUACUCUGAUGCACACCGUACGGAUCCCACCGGUGGUGUCCACACUUUCUUCCACACUCCCGCGGAUUACUCGGUUGCUGUGGCUGGAGAUGAGAUCGCGGCUUCGAUGUUUAGCGAUGAUAAUCCCCAUGCUUGUACUAUUAUGUAGUCUUUUAGUAUACAAAAAUAUGUUUUCAGUUCAUCUUCUUCGUCCAAAUUUGAUUUGAUGUGAUUUUUUUUGUACAACUAAUGUUGGAAUGAGAAAGUAAAAUAUAUAUGUUGUGUUUUAGUCUGAAUAAAUUGGAUCAACAUGAUCUAAACAAAUACAAUCCGAUUCAAAA